GCAACGGCGUUGCGAUGGCACCAUGUUCAUUUGUCUGCCAUGGAAGGAAAUGGAACCAGGAACCGCUACUCCUGCUGCAGCUGGUUCGGUAUAACCAGGGCGAUUCUUGAAACGUCAAGCAUACGGCGUGCAGGAUCAACGGCCUCGAUCGACCCUGUUCUUUCACGUCGCUGCUCAUGGCCGCACAAAAAUCUGUUGUUGCGAACCAAUUCCGAUUUAGGAGUCAUAAAUCCUAAACCAGUCUGGUUAGAUUGGGGUUCAAUGUGACGCUAUUCGUCUAUCACUUAGCAACGUUUGCACUACGACAGUAACACAUCUAUGCUCUGCGAUUUUAUUCGCGAAGGUCGUAUCAGCUGCGAACUGAAUGAAUGCCACGUGUCAGCUUGAGCGCUUCUUCUGCUCGAAGCAGCUAGUUUCCUGAUUGCAUGGCGGGCGCCACGUGGCAGAAGGCGGUACUGCUUUUCGUCUUUUCAGUAGCUCUGUAUAUCCGUGACGCACGGGCGUGGUUCCAACCCACCCCGGGUACCACCUUCUACUGGCAGCUCUCCAACUCAAACCCUAACGUCGACGGCUCCAUUGACACCACCGACCCGGCGGACGUGUAUGACGUGGACGGCUUCAGUGUGCCGCCCAGCACGAUCGCCUACCUGCAGGCGGCCGGCAAGAAGGUGGUGUGCUACUUCAGCUUCGGCACAUAUGAGAGCUACCGCCCCGAUUCCAAGAGCUUCCCCAAGCGCGUGAAGAAGGGGCGGGUCUGCCUGGACCGGUGGUGCCUCAAGUGGUGGCCGGGGGAGCGGUGGCUGAAUGUCAAGGACCCCGUGGUGAAGCGAAUCAUGGAGAAACGCGUGCAGCUAGCAGCCAGCAAGGGGUGUGAUGGCAUCGAGCCCGACAACAUCGACGCCUACAGCAACCGCCUCAACAAGUGGCUGCUGCCCUUCACCAGGAGCGUGCGCAUCACCAAGAAGGACCAGAUCAGAUACAACUCCUGGAUCGCUGACACCGUGCACAAGCACGGCAUGAGCGUGGGGCUCAAGAACGCGCUAACCAUUGCAGCAGCGCUGGUGUCCAAGUACGACUGGGCGCUGGUGGAGGAGUGCAACGCGUUCAGCGACUGGAGCAGCGGCGGGUGGUACAAGGGCAAGUACGAGUGCGACUAUGUCAACGUGUUUAUCAAGGCCAACAAGGCGGUGUUUGUGGCAGAGUACACGUCAGCGUGGGGCACCGCUGCAGGCCGAGUCAAUGGCAUCCAGUUCCCUCAGCGCCUGUGUGCGGACAACAACGCCCAUGGCUUCUCAACCCGCCUGCACGACCUUGACCUGGGCCCCACCAAGUUCCCCUGGGCUGACUGCCUACAGCACCAGCCGGCAGGUUGUGCUGCUGCUGCGUGGCAGCUGUGCAUUCAACCCACCGUGUAUGCUGGGUUUAAUCAACCAGGGGAGGGCAUGUCUGGUGCUGAUCAAAUAGGGCAGUGUGUGCGCAGUAAGAUAUCAAGCUGUACAUAUGAAUAACAUGCCAUUGGCUGCCUGCCUGCAGCACCAGCCAGCCGGUGGGGUGUGCUGCUGCUGCUGGUGCAUGGCAGCUGUGCGCUCAACUCAACCCACCGUUUAUGCUGGCUUUGAUCAAUGAGGGAAGGGCAUGUCCUUGGAUGCUGACUGGAUCAGGCAGUGAGGGCGACGUAAGGUAUCAGGUUGUCUAUAUGAAUAAAAUGACAUUUGCACGGGAAAUGAGAUAUGAAAAUGUACA